CUUUCUGUCAUCAAGAAAGGGUAAAUGACUAAAUGUUGUUUCGUAUAAAAGAGGUGUCAAAUGAAGCACAAAACUCGAUCAAGAAAGGCUAAAGAAAUUGUGAGAUUCUUGAAUUUCUAAGAGAUGGAGAUUAAUGUGGGAAACGAAGAUUUGUCGCCCUCGUCCCCUAAUGUUCUUGUUAGUGAAAAGGUUCCAUUGUUGGUGCCCGAAGUGGAGAAAAACCUCGUACAGAAAGCGAUUAGUCAAACGUUCGAGAGCGCCGCCCAUUUGGCCAACCUGUUACCGACCGGAGCGGUUCUCGCUUUCCAGCUUCUAUCGCCCAUAUUCUCCAACCAGGGCGACUGCGACGCCGUUAGCCGGUUCAUGACGGCGGGUCUGGUCGCGAUGUGCGGGCUCUCGUGUUUUCUUCUCAGCUUCACCGACAGCUACAAGGACCAGAAGGGGAACGUGUGUUACGGGGUGGCGACGCUGAAUGGGCUGUGGGUGAUUGAUGGGUCGGUGAGUUUGCCGCCGGAAGUUGCGGCCAAGUACAAGGUGAAAUUCAUUGAUUUCGUGCACGCCGUCAUGUCGGUCCUGGUUUUUGGGGCGAUUGCGCUGUUUGAUCAGAAUGUUGUGAGUUGUUUUUACCCGGCGCCGUCCAAGGAAGCGCAGGAGAUCCUCACGGCGGUGCCGGUCGGAAUUGGGGUGGUUUGUAGUAUGCUUUUUGUUGUUUUCCCUACCAAACGCCAUGGGAUUGGUUUUCCCUUAACGGCUGAUAAUUAACUCUACAUAUACCCUUUUUUUUUUGUUUGUUUGAUAAUCAUUUCAUUGUAUAGAAAAAUUAUAUAUAUAAUUUGUUUAAUACUGAAAAUUGGAUGGGGUGAUUUAAGGAAAAUUGAUUGAAUGGAGUCAGUUAAUGACAUUUGUAUGUAAAGUCUUAUACGGAGUAAUUCUUUUACCUAUGUAUUUUUCAACCAAGAUUCAUUUGCAUGUAACGUGGCAGAUUUGUUUCA